AUGCCCAAGACACUUGACAAGUGGUAUGAAUAUGCCUCGCGGUUUGAUAACCAAUGGAGAUCUGCUCAGAUCUUCAAGCGAGGAGCCACUACGACGACGCGAGGAAAGGGCCGAUCUGUCCAUCGUCCCUACUACUCGGCUUCUGCAAAGGAUUCAAAUGCGAUGGAUGUUGAUCGUGUCAAUAUCUCGCGCUUAUCCCCGGACGAGCGACAGAAGAGAAUGAAAGAAGGAUUAUGUUUCCUAUGCGGAAAGAAGGGCCAUAUAGCCAACGACAGACAAUUUUACCCCCAGUCUGGAAGUUUCACCCGUGCUAGAACGAUACAGCCCGGGUUGGACACAGACACGAUCACAUGGAUCAAGAAGAUGCGAGAAGACCUCGCACAGAAGAAGGAGACGUCGAAGGAAGAAACCAGAGAGGAACAGAUCGCCUAUGUGCGAAACGUCUUCAACGACAUGACUGAUGAAGAACGAACCCAAUUGGGUUUUUGA